CGACAUUUCACGUCGCUUAGUCUGCUUUUAACAUACGCGUACAAUUACGAGGUGUUUGCAGUAACGUGUCUGGUAAUCGUUCAUCUCGGACUCCCUUUAAAUAAAUGCGUCCAGGGACUAGUUUCCGUGUAACGAGAAGCGUGGAGGCAUGACACUUCUCGCAUCCAGUCAAGUGCAUGUUUUCCCAACUGAGAUCAAUGGAUCUUGAGAGAGUUGUGCUUAGGUCGUGAUGAAACCAAGAUGGCGUGUAGUUCAGACAGGAUGAACGGGGGAUAGGUGACGAGGAACAUAACACUGGGAUACAACGAAUUGUAUGCGUUCUGACGAAACAAUUCUUGUAAAGAAAACGUCGACGUACACGGGACGUGUAGGAGUCCGCUGAAAAAGAAGAUCUCCGCGAUUAUCAUCCUAGUAACCGACCGAGAGUGUGUGUGUAUAUGUGUACGUGUGUGCGCUGGGAUGGGCUGAUCGAGGAGGCCGCAGAGCCACUGCCACCCAGAGACUGACCCUCUGCCGAACAAUAGACCCUGUGAUCGUCUUACGAGACACCCGAAAAACACAAAUAAUAAAACACACCGGCCUAUUUACCACUCAGAGGCGACACCGAAGAACACAGUGUUUGAAGAACUCGCACAAGUACAGAAAUAGCAAUGGAUGGAGGGGAUGAGUUUGUUCCGCCGCCGGAAUGUCCAGUGUUUGAACCGUCAUGGGAGGAGUUUGCAGAUCCACUUGGAUAUAUCGCCAAAAUCCGUCCAAUAGCAGAGAAGUCUGGAAUAUGCAAGAUUCGACCGCCACCUGACUGGCAGCCACCGUUUGCUGUGGAGGUUGACAAUUUCCGUUUCACACCACGUAUUCAGAGGCUCAAUGAGCUGGAGGCUGAGACACGAGUGAAGCUAAAUUAUCUGGACAGAAUUGCCAAAUUCUGGGAGAUCCAAGGCUCCUCCCUGAAGAUCCCCAACAUAGAACGACGUAUUCUAGAUCUGUUCAGCUUGGCUAAGAUUGUUACAGAUGAGGGGGGCUUCGAUGCGGUGAGUAAAGAGAGACGGUGGGCACGCGUGGCACAGAAACUUGGUUAUCCUCCAGGCAAAAACAUCGGCUCUCUCCUGAGGUCACACUAUGAGAGGAUUGUAUAUCCGUUUGAGGUGUUCCAGUCUGGAGCCAGUUUACCGCCAUGUAAGCCCAGGCUUUAUGAAAGCGAGGAAGUAGAUAAAGAAUACAAACCCCAUUCCAUUCCUCUCCGCCAAUCGGUUCAGCCAUCUAAAAUGAGCACUUACGGACGAAGAGCCAAUCGUCUUCAGCCUGAGGGUCCAGAGGAUCCAACUCACCAUCCUCUUACAACUGGCUCUCAACACAUCUCCUCGCCGGAGCCUACAGAGGAGGACAUAGAGAAGAACCCAGAGCUGAAGAAACUUCAGAUCUACGGGGCAGGACCUAAAAUGAUGGGGCUUGGUCUUGUACCUCGAGACAAAACGAGGAAGAAAGAUGGUGAACUGACGCAGACGGUUCCGCAGACGGUGAUAGUGCGUGACAGCUCCGCCUGCGCAUCUGUUAAAGAGGAAUCUGGAGACGCACCAGUAACAAAAUUAGAUCCUGACAUUCCCCCACCGCCCCCAAACCUCAUCAUCAAGGAGAAUGUUGACGAUGACAAAAGUCGCAUUGACGUUUCCAAUGACUCCAGCGAUGAACCCUGUACUAAGAUGACUAUGAGGCUCAGACGCAACCUCAGUAACACACAAUUUAAGACAAAAGAAGAUAUUUUAAAGAAAGUUGGUAACCGAACAGAACUGGCCCCCAUUCACUUCUAUUGUAUGGACACAAAAGCAAUGCAGGUGGACUCAUUUGUAUGUCGAAUGUGUGGACGUGGGGACGAGGAUGAGAAGUUGCUGCUCUGUGAUGGGUGUGACGAUAACUACCACACGUUCUGUCUGCUACCUCCACUCACCGACCCGCCCAAAGGCAACUGGCGCUGUCCUAAAUGUAUAGCAGAGGAGUGUAAAAAGCCUGCCGAGUCGUUCGGGUUCGAACAGGCCACGCGCGAGUACACGUUACAGAGCUUCGGCGAGAUGGCCGACACUUUCAAAGCUGACUACUUCAACAUGCCUGUCCACAUGGUUCCUACAGAACUUGUGGAAAAGGAAUUCUGGAGGUUGGUUAGCAGUAUUGAGGAGGACGUAACCGUUGAAUAUGGAGCGGAUAUUCACUCGAAAGAAUUCGGUAGUGGUUUCCCUAUGAACGACGGGAAGAGACAUUUAUCAGUGGAGGAACAGGAGUAUGCCAGCAGCGGCUGGAAUCUGAACGUUAUGCCAGUGUUGGAGCAGUCAGUAUUGUGCCACAUCAAUGCAGAUAUCUCGGGCAUGAAAGUGCCAUGGCUGUAUGUGGGCAUGGUUUUCUCGGCUUUCUGCUGGCACAUUGAGGACCAUUGGAGUUACUCCAUCAACUAUUUACACUGGGGUGAACCCAAAACAUGGUACGGUGUGCCUGCUUCAUCCGCAGAGAAGUUAGAGGAGGUGAUGAAGAAACUCACACCUGAACUGUUCGAGUUCCAGCCAGACCUGCUUCACCAGCUGGUCACUAUUAUGAACCCAAAUAUACUCAUGAGUCAUGGAGUACCGGUGGUGCGCACCAAUCAGUGCGCCGGGGAGUUUGUCAUCACUUUUCCGCGAGCCUAUCACAGCGGUUUCAAUCAGGGAUAUAACUUUGCUGAAGCUGUCAACUUCUGCACUGCAGACUGGCUGCCCACGGGGCGAUCUUGUAUUGAGCAUUACCGGUGGCUGAGGCGUUACUGUGUGUUCUCUCACGAGGAGCUCACCUGUAAGAUGGCGGCCUGCCCAGAGAAGCUGGAUCUGAACCUGGCAGCCGCCACGCACAGGGAAAUGUUCAUCAUCGUGCAGGAGGAAAGAAAACUGCGCAAAAGCCUGCUGGAAAGAGGCAUAAAGGAAGCUGAAAGGGAGGCCUUCGAGUUACUGCCUGAUGAUGAGAGGCAGUGUGACAAGUGUAAGACCACCUGCUUCCUGUCGGCCCUGGCGUGCUCGAACUGCCCGGAGCAUCUCGUCUGCCUCUAUCACGCUCAAGACCUCUGCUCCUGCUCUACUGAAAAACUCUACCUCAGGUAUCGCUAUACUCUGGACGAGCUCUUGGCCAUGCUGCAUAGGCUGAAAGUUCGGGCUGAAUCUUUUGACUCGUGGGCCAACCGAGUGAAGGAAUCCCUCGAGCAGGAAGAAGGCAACAAAAUAGGGAUUCAAGAUCUAGAGGUUCUGAAAGCAGAGGCAGCUGAUAAGAAGUUCCCUAAUAAUGAGCUCCUCCAGCGGCUCAACGCGGUCCUCACAGAUAUACAGAAGUGUGAGAGCAGCAGCGCGGAGCUCCUCAGCGGCAGUCCGAGCAGGAGAAUGAGUCUGGAGGAGCUGAGGAACCUGGUGGACACUAUGCAGAACCUGCCCUGUGUUAUGACACCGCUGAAGGAAGUGCAGGCUGUGUUGCAGAAGAUUGAGGAGUUUGACUCCCGUGCACAAGCUCUGGUUAACAGCAACAAGGACGAGUGGAAGCAGGACUCUCCUUUACCCGUGGCCGCAGAGAUCCAGGCCCUGCUGGAGGAGGGAGCAUCUCUACCCGUCGUUGCCCCAGCGUGUGAGCUCCUGAGCGGGCUGCAGGAGCAGGGGCGCUGGCUGGGAGAGGUCAGGCGGACGUUAGGACCGGAGGGCGGGGAGGUGACUCUGGUCGUGCUGAGGGACCUGAUGGAGGCGGGUUGUAACGUACCGCAGAGCUUGUCUGUGGAGACCGCCAUGGCUGAACUGCAGGAGCUACUGACCAUAGCGGAGAGAUGGGAAGAAAAGGCUCAGAUAUGUCUGGAGGACAGGCAGAAACAUCAUCUUUCUACACUGGAGGCCAUCGUGAAUGAAGCACAGUUAAUACCAGUCCAGCUGCCAAAUAUCUUGUCCCUGCAGGCCUGUCUGAGCCGUGCUCGCGCUUGGGUCACCGAUCUGGAGGAAAUACAGAACGGCGAGCACUACCCGUGUCUGGAUGAUCUGGAGGGAUUGGUGGCCAUCGGGCGGGACCUGCCGGUGAAGAUGGAGGAGCUGAAGCAGCUGGAGCUGCAGGUGGCCAGCGCUCACUCCUGGAGAGAGAAGGCCAGCAAAACCUUCCUGAAGAAGAACACCCAGCACACUUUGCUAGAGGUGUUGUGUCCAUGUGUGGAGAAGAGCAAGAAGAGGGAGAACUCGGUAGACACAGAAGCGGACUCGGACGUCAAUGUGUUAGGUCUCACUGCUCAGGACCUCCGAGACCCAGGGGCUAUUGUUAUGGCAUUCAAAGAGGGCGAGCGACUGGAGAAAGAGGCCCUCCUCCGCCUCCAGCAGGUCAAUUUAGCUAAACCCGGCCUUGAAAAAGAAUCGGGCGAUUACCAGAAAGACAGAAAAACAGAACGGAGAAGAAGUGACUCCAUGGAGACAGACACGUCCCUUAACUCGGACAGCCCUAUGCUGCAGAACGGUGGCUCCUCCCAUUCUCUUACCUCUAGCCAAUCAGUGUGCGUGUGUGGUGGCCCACCCCGCCCGCUGCUUCACCGUUGCCACCUUUGCAAAGACUGGUUCCACGGAGGUUGCGUGUCCUUUCCAUCAUUGCUGAGCUCCUCCGACACACAUUCAUCUAAGCCCCUCUGCUGGUGGGACUGGAACACGCGGUUUCUUUGUCCGCGGUGCCAGCGAUCCCGGCGGCCACGGCUGGAAACUAUUCUAGCGCUGCUGGUGGCGCUCCAGAGGUUACCGGUGCGUCUGCCGGAGGGCGAAGCGUUACAGUGUCUUACAGAGAGAGCCAUCAACUGGCAGGGACGAGCCAAACACGCACUAGACGCUCCUGAGGUGCAGGGGGCGCUAGAGAGACUGCAACAGGUGAAGGAGGAAAUUCACAGUAUAAAAGGGGAGGAACAGGAGGAGAAAAAGAACUUGAACGGGGACGCUGUAAUUGUGCUGUCGGACUCGGAGGAAACGGAAGAAAGUGUUAUUGAUCUGACCGAGGAUGGGAACUUGCCAAAAAAGAGUGAAGAGAAGGCUGCUAAUGGCACACAGUCCGGCUGUGAGAAUGGAAUUGCACAGAAGCCAAGCAUUAUUGAUGUUACAGGGGUGGAGUCUCUGGUGUCGCUGUUGCCGUGUCUUAAAGGGCCGGUGAUCGAGCUGAACUCAUCCACCAGAGCACAGCUGGAGGAACUUCAGCUAGAAGGAGACCUGCUGGAGGUCAUGCUUGAUCAGACACACAUCAUUUACCGGAUCCUGCAGGCAGUGUCACCGCCGCCCCAUGAUGCCCUGCACACGCUCAUUCAGAUUGAACUGCAGGAGCAGAGGAGCUCAGGUCGUGGCAGUAAGUCAAAGGACUCCAAGAGGAAGAGGAAGAACCAGAAAGCUGAUGGUGAACCUAAAUCCACAGAAGCUUCAGACUGCAAGAAAACAAGACCAGUCAAACAUACACCCCCAGAGAUUAACAAAGAGAUGUUGUGAUGUUCUCCUGAAGCUGUGGAAGGCCAGAUGGUGGAUGAGUGGAGAGCCAGACACAGACAAACGCAGGACUCGCAGAUUUAAUAAGCUCACAUUUUCAACCCAUAAAAUGGACUCUCCCCACUUUUGUUCUAACCACUGCACUCCUUCCUCAAGUUUUAGUUUGUGGACUCCCUUCAUACACCAAUCAUCAACAGUGCAAUGGUGCAGAUCUCCCAUCCCUUUGGAGGGAUAAUACGGGAUUUGUCUUGUGGUUAAGCUGUCUGUCUUUACAGUAUGUGUACCAAACUGUGCUUAACAGAGUCAGAUGCCAUGUGCUGCAUAACACGAUUUCUCCAGGUAUACACACACGUACACACACACACACACACACACACACUUGAUGUAAUGGCAGAGGGGGACGUUUAGCAAGAGACUGGCAUCGCUGCCAUGAUAACACCUGUAUUCUUUUUGUACCGAGUCUUGCAUUUUGUUCAGGGAGACUCAACCUUGUGAAUAACCUAGUAUGAUAUUUUGAAAGUGUGAUGGAAAACACAAAGGCAUUUACGUUCUGGUGCUACUUUCCUAAGACAGGUUACUGCAUAUAGUCUUUCUCUAUUCCUCCCUGAGUUUUGCUUUAUCAUGGUCAUUUUCUUUGUGCUUUUUGUUAAGCUACCUGUUGUAUCCUCCUCUCCUCCACAGAGCUGUUCAAAACCUCACUUUAACCCACUUUAUCUUCGUCUUUUGUCGCUGGGAUUCUAUUAAUUCUAUUAUUAUUAUUGAUAUUGCUAUUGCAGACACGCAUUGUCGUGAGUUCGUGUAUAAACAUUUUCAUUUCGAUGUUGCCUUUGUUUCUUUUCACUCUUGUUAGAAAAAAUAAAAGUUUAGAAUUGU